ACCCCUUCUCCUCCCCCGACGGCUACACCUCGUCGCACAAAGUCUCGCGUGAUUUGAGCGUAGCGCUGGAGCAUCGUGAGCUAAUUGUGUCAGCCGAUCGUUAGAAACCGUUAAAUCUCGAUGCCUCUAAAAACAAACAUUUAGCACAGUUGACAAAUACACAGAAGCAUUCCCAGAUGCAUCUAAUGGGGAAUUACACAGUAAUCCGAACACCUGGCCUCUUCUAAAGGCGCAGUGCGUCCGUAACUGUUGCUAACUGUUGGUAACCGUGCCGCUGCUAACUAAGCUAGCUAGCUAACAUCCGUUUACACUCGGUCCGACUACGUACAGUAAAACCAGGAAGGAGGGACCAGACGAUCAGGCAGUUUGGCCACAAAGGUUGCUCUACUUCAAACAAACUGCAAAUAUUUAUUCAUAAGAAACGAACCUCGUACGGCCUUGUGAAAACGGGGGAAAGGAAAAGAAUAUUUAUAGUGGCAUAAGUGCUAAGAUGUCAAAGGCUCCAGAUUCUCCAGCUCGGUCCCGCUCCAGAUCACGGUCCAGAUCCAGAUCUUACUCCAGAUCUCACUCUAGAAGCCACUCCCGCUCAAGAUCCCGAAAACGUCGCUAUAGUUCUAGGUCUCGUUCCCGCUCUCGCUCUCACUCUCCAUCCUACAGAAACUAUCCUACCAGGGACUAUCAGAACAACAGAGGUGGCUUCAGAGGCUACAACCGUGGAUACCGGAGGCCCUACUACUACCGUGGCAGAAACCGAGGCUAUUACCAACGUGGUCAUUACCAGAACAGGGGAGGAGGAGGCGGCGGCGGCGGCUAUGGCUAUAAGGCCAAUUGGCAGGGUGGCGGUGGAGGCUGGCACGAUCGCCACCAUGACCAGGACCACCACCCACAUAGCCCCAGGAGGGGGCGCUCACGCUCCCGCACACCUAGGAAGCGCUCAGGCAGCCGGAGCCGAUCCCGCCUCUCUGACCGCUCGUCUUCAGGGAGAUCUCGACGCUCCAGGCACUCAAGCUACUCCUCGCGGUCCCGGUCCUCAUCACCACAUCAUCGCAGCAACAAGGGCAAGCCUGUCUCCAAGGAUGCUAAGGACAAGCUAGCAGAAAGUCAAGCAGAGAAAUCGGGUCAGGCAGCAGACGGCAGCGACAUCGAGAAGGCAUCUGGAGGUAAAUGGAUUGACUAUGACACCAGCCCUAAACGAACCAGCCCAGAGAUUAAGAAAGAGGAUGCUUCCACUGGUUCUGAGGGUAAAGGGCCCGGGAGUGGCGGCCCUCUGUGGAAAACCAUCGGCAGCGUGUCGUCCCCUCCAGCAAAGAGCCCCACAAAGUCAGGACAAACCGCCUCCUUCAGUGGCUUUGGGUUCUUCUCAAAAGAAGAUGCAAAGCUGCCACCUGAAGAUAAGACUGUGAUCUCUGCUGCCUUCAAAAAGUUCUUGGCUGAGAGUAAAAUCAAAAAGCAGGCUGCGGAAAAGGAGAACGGUCGCGAUAAGGAGCAGAGCGCCACAGCCAGAGAACUAGAGAAAGGAAGCAAGUCUGGAGAACUUUUCAACAUCUCGUCCACUUCUUUCAGCGACUCCAAGGAAGACAAGACCAUGCCUUUCUUUGAUGCUGGAGAAGAGGAGUUCCUCAAGUCUCACGGGCUGAAAGAGAGGGCUAUUGAGGAGGAUGGCGAGAUCAAAACCACCCUCACAGCUCGGGACAUUUUCGGGAAAUGGGGGGAUGAGCCAAGCUAUUCAACAUCCUACCUGUCAGUUAAGGAGAAAAGCCGGAGAGAUGCAGAAGAGGCAGAACCCAUAGAUCACAUGAAUGAGGAGUUGUACCGAAGCCGCAAGCACAGCUCCAAGAAAGAGGAGAAGGCCAAGAAGAAGGAGAAGAAAGAAAAGGAGAAGUCCAGAAGGAGUCCCUCCUCUCCGCCGCUGUUCCCUGGAGCUUUCCCAUCUCGUGAGGAGUCACCUGUACGACACAUGUCUGCAUCAAGGGAGGACUUUGAACUCAAAAUCGGUUCUUUAGAAGACAUGCCCAGCUCUUCCCUGUCUAAAGAUCGCCUCAUGCCCCGAGAUCUGGUCAAUCCUACUAAGAAAGAUCCAGAGUUUCGUUCCAUUUUCCAGCACAUUCAGACAGCGCAGCUCCGUCGCAGCCCCUCUGAGCUGUUUGCUCAGCACAUAGUCUCAAUUGUGCAUUACAUCAAAGCUCAACACUUCCAAUCCUCAGACAUGACUUUAAGUGAGCGGUUUGCCAUGUACCAAAGAAAAGCUGCAGAGAUAGAAAUGAUGAAGCCAAGGAAGAGCCCAGAAAUCCACAGGAGAAUCGAUGUUUCCCCCAGUGCCUUUAAGAGGCACUCUCACCUGUUUGAGGAUAUGGAGGAAACGAGCUACAAGGAUCCAAGCCAAAAGUUCAAAGGCGACGUGAUGGACCUUCGCCUGGAUAUUGAAAGGCGUAAGAGGUUUCCUGGGAAGGAGCACGUCUACAAGCGGGAAGGGGGCAGGAGCCCAGGAGGCUCCCGAGGACCAAGCAGAGAGAAGUCCUCUGAGAAAUCUGGGAAACACCACAAGAAAUCCAAGAAGGGUAAGAAAAAGCGGGAUCGCUCUCCAUCCUCCUCUUCCUCUUCAUCCUCUCCAUCCCCUUAUCCUCCACCUUUCAGAGGUAAGGAGUACAUGGGAGAGGGGAUGGAGCACUCGGAGGAGGGCUAUAGUCACCCACGAUAUCCUCCACGGGACUACAGUGGGCCCGCAGACAGAGGCCCUCGAGAUUACGAGGGCCACAACACAGAAAGAGGCCGAGGCCGCGGAUUUUUCCCCAGAGUCAGAGGGAGAGGUUGGAACAGGGGAAAUUAUCCUGGCAACAACAGCAAUGGAAAUCCUGCCAAUAUGAAUCCUCCAGUCCGCCCUCCAGACGAGGAGUGGGACCCUGAAUACACUCCCAAGAGCAGGAAGUAUUACCUGGCCCAUCAACCCACUCAACGUAAUUUUCUGCCAAAGUUGAACCAGCAUGACGAUCGUGAUGGCGAGAAAACCUGGAUAGACAACCGCGGAAGAGGCCGGGGCUCCUUCCCGGCCCGCCGGGGACGCUUCGUCUACCGUAAAGGAGGCAGCAGCCCGAAGUGGACCCACGACAUGUUCCAGGGAGGAGAAGAGGGGGAGCUUGGAGACGACAACAUUGAAGUAGACCGUAAAGACACCAAGAAUGCUGGAGACGUCGCAGCCCCGAAGCAGUAGACCACUUACUCCAUCAUCAUCUACAUAUUCUCGGGCGGUUACAGCGAGGAUGAAGGGGUUCUUCUUUAUUUUCCCCUCCAUGUCAUCCCAUCAUUUAAUGGUUAAAAUGUGUUCAGUGAGUUUGAGCCUUCUCACUAUUAAAGUGAAGAAAGAACUGUAACUGACUUGAAUGAAGAGCAGCACUCUGUUACUUUAGUAUGUGAGGUUAGCUUCAUUUCAGAGUGUUUUUUUUUUUUUAAUGUGAUGGUGAGUUUCGUUUUUGGUCGACUUAAUUGUAUCUUUUUAAAGGAGACAUUACUGAGACAAUAGAGUUCAAAUAUUAAUAUUCUCUGAAAGCAUGAGAAAAUCAUUUGUGCCUUAGAAAAUAAUAAUACAGUAAUAUGUAAUCUGUUUGAGGGUACAGCCUCGGCUAGGAGAGGCACAACUCUGUACCUGUUUGUCAGUGUAGGAAGGCAUUAGACGAUGUCCAUGUCAUUGUUUUUUGUUCUUUGUAUUGGGGCUGUGAUAAAUAUUUGAUGUUACUGCAUGAAACGUUUGAUUCAUACCUCGCUCCACGGGACCAAUCAGAAGUGGGCUCAGGGCUCAUGAUCGUCAAGUUAUCAAACAUGAAAGUUACUAUCUGUUGAAUCCCUGAACGACUGGUGUUUGUCACUUAUAUUAUGCCAGCUUUUUCAUAUAGUGCCACUUCACCUGUAGGCAGUGAAGACAUUUUUAUGUGUGUGUGCUACAGUAUAUUCUCAUUGAUUGUGGGUGUUUUCAGUUAAAAACAAGUGUAAAUUGUAAAGAAUUGGCACCAAAAAUCCCCUGAUUUGCUUUAGACUGAACAAACGUAGGUUUUUCUGCCUCUGUCAUAUAAAUUUAGGUAAGUGGCUACCUUUUGUUUAGAUUUUUUUAUUUUAAAAAAUGGAUAGUUAUUACAAAAGACUAAUACAUGUAUAGAAUUAUACGACCUAAAUUAUUGUGAUCUUAACAUCUGGGGGAGGGAAAAAUAAAAACUGAAUAUAGUUCUUUUUUAAUACAACAGUUACAGUAAUAUUCUCGCAAACAAAAAAAAGACCUGCAGUUUAACUUCUGUCGGAGAACACGAACAUGAAAAAGUGAAGAGAAACCCUAAAAUUUGUGACAAAACAUUUUGUCAAAGGCAAAGAUGAAAGUGUAUAUUUUUAGGAGGAGUUGACACAAACUAGAAUAACUAGUUUUGUGUAUCUCACUGUGCUGCUUCGUCCCACUUUUGACUGUACACACUGCAUGUACUAAACUGUAGGACUGUAUUUUUCUUUUGUGUUUAAUCUGAAGCUGAAAACUUUUUUACUGUUCUCAAGAGCUUUGAAGUAACUGUCUUUUAAUUUUCAAUAGAUUUGUUUUCUUUGAUUCAGGGCAAUUUUGUGAGUGAUUGUUUUUUUUUUUGAGAUCUACAAAUAAACAGACUGUAGAAAUGUUA